AUGAGUGGGCGCGGAAAGACCGGAGGCAAAGCCAGAGCUAAGGCCAAGACCCGCUCAUCCCGUGCCGGGCUUCAGUUCCCCGUGGGUCGUGUCCACAGACUGCUGCGCAAAGGCAACUAUGCUGAGCGUGUGGGAGCGGGCGCCCCCGUUUACCUGGCAGCUGUGCUCGAGUACCUGACCGCUGAGAUCCUGGAGCUGGCUGGCAACGCAGCCCGCGACAACAAGAAGACUCGCAUCAUCCCACGUCACCUGCAGCUGGCUGUGCGCAACGACGAGGAGCUCAACAAGCUCCUGGGGGGAGUCACCAUCGCUCAGGGUGGUGUGCUGCCCAACAUCCAGGCCGUGCUGCUGCCCAAGAAGACCGAGAAGCCCGCCAAGGCCAACUGCUGAUGAGCCCAAACAUCAAACUCCAACAGUGAACCCACAGACAGAGAGUCGAGGAAGGAUCGGCCUCUAUGCUGCACUCACACUGACAGCAGCUGCUGCAGCUCUGCUCAUCACACUGAGUUUAAAAAGCAAAGUCCUGAGACUUUAACUGUGGAUGCUGAUAAUUAC